AUGGAUGAACCAUACAUCCAGGCGGUAACUCCACCGCCAUUGCCAGUUGAGGAACCACCUCAACAACCACCACAACCACCUCCUGAGCCACCAAGGCGAAGGAGGAACGCACGGAUGUCCGUGCGAGGGGGGCCGAGAUUCAGUUCCCCACAAGCUUCGAGCACUUACCCUCCAAUCCAUGAAGAUCCACAAAUGGGUGGACCUUCUCACGCGGUGCUGGAAAAUAAUCCCCCGCCGGUUACCUUUGCUCCACCAUCACCGCCAAUGGGUUAUGAAAACCCAAUACCUACUUACCCAGGUUCGCCUGGGUAUAACCCUUUUGAGUAUCAAGCUCCUGCCCAGGAUCCAUAUCUUAAGGCAGCUCAAUAUAAUGCCCUUUACCCCUCACCGUUUCCUCCGACAUACCCAACUGGAUAUCCUGCGCAAGGGUAUCAAUACCCUCCAUAUCAGCAGCAACCUCCACCUCCAUAA